CAAGAACAUAUCCAGCCGUUGAUCCUAUUUCACUGUGCAAAUAAAUACAGAUUAGAGGGACCCUCUCUUCCACACGACAAGUGGGGGCUAUCUCCAUUGUUAGGUGCCUCAAAGCUUCAAACCACAGUCAACGUAUCAAAACCUCUGCAAAACACACAGAUGGAAGUGAAUCAUAGCGGCGACGAUGGUUUCAGUGAAGAAAAAGAUACGCCGGAGACGACGGAGGAACAAACGUUGAACCAGUCGGAGUCGCCGUCGGAGGCGGUGAUGAAAGAAGAGGUUUCUGAAACUCGUUCAAUGGAUGUUAUUCCGAUGCCGAAUCAGAUUCCGAUGACAAUGACAGUUCCGGCGGCGAAGAAGCCGUCGAAGGACCGUCACACGAAGGUGGAGGGACGCGGUCGGAGAAUCCGAAUGCCGGCCACAUGCGCCGCGAGGAUAUUCCAGCUGACAAGGGAGCUUGGUCAUAAAUCAGAUGGAGAAACAAUACGGUGGUUGCUUGAACAAUCUGAGCCUGCGAUCAUUGAAGCAACCGGCACAGGGACCGUCCCGGCAAUCGCUGUUUCAGUCGGUGGGACGUUAAAGAUUCCGACAACAUCACCGGCAAGACCAGACGGUGAAGAUGCUCCGAAGAAACGAAGGAGGAGAGCGUCAAAUAGUGAGUUUGUUGACUUGAAUGAACACGCGUCAAUCUGUUCAGGACUCGCACCAAUAACUCAAAUCGCUUACGGCGGUGGAAGCGGUGGUGAUAACGGUGGUAGUGGUGGUCUAGUUCCGUUAUGGCCUGUGGUAAGUAAUGGUAAUGGUGGGACUAAUACAACAGGGCCAUUUUUUAUGUUCCCAAAUUCAACUAUGAAUCAGCCACAGUUUUGGGCUAUUCCUGCGGCACCGUUUUUCAAUAGACCCGUUUCAGAUUUUGUUUCUACUAUGCAAAUGCAAAAUCAAAAUCAACUUUCAAAUGCUAAUGCUAAUGGUUCAUCUUCAUCCACUUUGGCUCCUAGUUUGAGCUCAGCUUCUACAUCUACUUGUUCCUCUGCGGUUUCUUCUUCAUCUUCUGCGGGACCUACUCAAAUGCUUAGGGAUUUUUCUUUGGAAGUUUAUGACAAGAAAGAGUUGCAAUUUAUGGGUUGUUCUAGUGCAAAUUUAGAGUCACCUCCCACUUCAAAUCCUUCAAAUUGAAGCUCUGUGUGUCUAGAAUAAUUUGCUUCAGACUUCACAAUUUAGGUGUUAAAGUUUAGACAAUGUUUUUUUUAAUUUUUAAUUUGGAAAAAAAUCAUGGAUAGUUUGUGUCUAUCUAAGUUUUGUUUUGUUUAUGUUUUUUGUUUUUGGCUAAUGCAAAAGGACACAUUUUAGAACUUUUUCUAAGGAAAUGUCUCUUUUUCUGUUUAUUUAAUUGUUGUUUUUUAAAGUUUAA